AUAAUGAAGCUGAUGUUCCUGCCACACAACAGAGUCUGAGGGUUUGUAUUGUGCAGCUUUGUGACUGGGACUCCCUGCUGAGAAUAUGGUCGUGGAUCGGAUUUUCUCUGGUAUUCAGCCAACUGGGACGCCUCAUCUGGGUAACUACCUUGGAGCCAUUCAGAACUGGGUGAAUCUGCAGGAAGAGUGCAGCUCAGUGCUGUAUAGCAUUAUGGACAUGCACUCUCUCACCAUGCCCAAGGAGCCAGCUGUCCUGCGCCAGAACAUACUGGACACCACUGCUGCCGUCCUUGCCUGUGGUAUUGACCCAAAGAAGUGUUUCUUGUUCCGACAGUCGCUGGUUCCUGAGCAUGCAGAACUUGCCUGGAUUCUUGGGUGCUUAACUAACGUGCCGCGUCUGCUACGCUUGCCCCAAUGGAAGAUGAAGCGUGCCAGCCAGAAUAAUGAAGGAACUGUUGGUUUGUUGACUUAUCCUGUGCUUCAAGCAGCAGAUAUUUUGCUGUACAAGUCGACACAUGUUCCCGUUGGAGAAGAUCAAGUCCUGCACCUGGAACUAGCCCAAGAUAUAGCACAACAUUUCAACAAGAAAUACGGAGAAUUCUUUCCUGUGCCCAAAGCCAUUUUAAGUACAACAAAGAAAAUAAAAUCCCUCAGAGAUCCAACAGUGAAGAUGUCCAAGUCAGACCCACAGAAGUUAGCUACUGUUAACAUAGCGGACAGCCCUGAUGAAAUAGUGCUGAAAUUCCGCAAAGCUGUGACUGACUUUACCUCUGAGGUGACCUACGACCCAGCCGGUCGCCCUGGUGUCUCCAAUCUGGUGUCCAUUCAUGCUGCAGUAACGGGGCUUAGCAUCAAAGAAGUGCUGCACCAAUCUGCUGGUCUCGACACUGCUCACUAUAAAAUGGUGGUAGCAGAGUCAGUUAUUCAAAAAUUUGCACCUAUCAGGAAUGAAAUCAAGAAACUCCAGGAAGACACAUCCCAUCUGAUAAAGAUUUUAGAGGAUGGAGCAGAGAAAGCCAAAGAACUGGCUACCCCCAUCUUUCAAGAAAUAAGACGACUGGUGGGUUUUCAGUAGAAACUGCUGAGUAGUUGCAAGGACUUUUGUUUCCUGGGACAGACAUUUUGUUAUUUGUAUCUUCUUAAUCAUUUUGGUUUGAAACAAAAACAUUUUUUCAUGGAAAAUCCAAGUAGAACAUUGAAAGUGUUUGCAUUUAAAAAUGUGCAUGAAGCCAGAUACUUCCAGUGGGACCAGCAUUGAGCUUGUCUGGAUAGUGAAAGAGGGAGGGUGGAAGCAAUCACAGUUCAUGAAGAAAUCCCGCAAAAGCAGAAUAUAAGGUUGCCCCAAUGGGAUUUUGGGUUUUUCCAUUGACCACUGCAAGAAACUGAGAUAUAGGCAAGGUGAUCAGAAUCUAGCAGAAAGAUUUGUAAUCUUCUCAAAAACAUCCUUAGCUGUACAUGUGAUCUUGUUACAGAUGGACAACUCAUCCCAUUGGUGGUUAUUCAGCUUUGAUAUGGUGGUUGAAUGUGUUCUUGGAUAACCAGAAUAAAAGCACAGGCUUA